AUGGCAGCCGCAGCCGCUGAGGGGAGCGACACCUCGGCUGCGGGGGGCGACGACGCGGCGGCGGCGCUCCUCCUUCCUUCGUGCCCCCUCAGCGCGGGCAAAGCGGCGGGGGCCGCCUCGCCGGCGGCGGGGGCCGCCUCGCCGGCCGGGUCGACGCGUCGCCUGAGCGACCUUCGGGUGAUCGACCUCCGGGCCGAGCUGAAGCGCCGCAAUUUGGACACCGGCGGCAACAAGAGCGUCCUCCUCGAGCGCCUCCGCAGCGUGAGUUGUGAGGCGGGGGGGGGAGGCCAGGCUCUUUUUCUCCCUCGUCUGAAAGGGUGAAGGCCGGGUUUCGGGGGGGGGGGGAACGAAAACAUGGAGGGGAAAGGGGGGGAGCACAAACCACCAUCCCCCCCCCCGCGCGGUUUCUCGUCCCCCCCCCGUUUGCUUCUGAAUAACGGAGAGUGAAAGGAAGCCCCCCCCCCCCCGACGAUAAUACUGAGACCUCCGGGUAUAUAGGGCGGUAUAUAAAUCCAAGAAAUGAAUAAAAUAUAAACGGGAACAUGGAAGGGGGGAGUCCAGUUUCUUGCCCCUCCCUCGUAUUCCUGUGUGUCUCCCCCCCGCGCGCAUAUAAAUUCAAUGAAUAAAUAAAAUAUAAACGGAAACAUAGAGGGGGGGUCCACGUUCUUGCCCCCCUUUUUCCUGUGUGUUUCCCCACCCCACCACCCGCAUAUAAAUUCAAAAAUAAAUAAAAUAUAAACGGAAACAUGGAAGGGGGGGGAGGAAUCCAGUUUCUUGCUGCUUCCCCCUCCCCCACUUGACUGUGUGUCUCCCCACCACCACCGCCCGCAUAUAAGUUCAAUAAACAUUGAAGAGUGGUGGGGGGUUCAUUUUCUUGCUCCCCCAUUUUACUGUGUCUCACCACCACCACCCGCAUUUGCUUCUGGGGAAAAGGGUGUUGGGGGGAGGGUUUUUUCUUUUAUUUCCCCCUUCCCCGCCCUGAUUCUUCUUGUUUUUCUAAUGGCGCAGCUGUUUUUGUUUUUUCCACCUUGGGGAAAAGGCUACAGAUGUGAACUUGUUUUCCAUGACGCUGAAGUAAAUUGGGGGAGGGGGGAGACCCCCCUAUAUUUUUGUUUUCACACCCGCACAUCAUCAUCAUUGCUUCGGGGUCCGUAGAGAUGUGAAGACACGGGGGGUUUGGAGGGGGAUUAAUCCUGUUUUUUGUUUUUAAGUUUAAAAAACUGUAUAUCUCUUUUGAAGCCUUGGGCUCUAAUAAUCAUAGUAGUAGUUUUAUCAUUUAUAUGCCGUCCAUCUGAUAUGGGUUGCCCCAGCCACUCCAGGCCACUUCCAACGAAAUAUCAAAACACAGAAAAACCCUCAGACAUUUAAAAAUCUCCCUGUACAUGUUAAAUAUAAAUGCUAACACUGUAUUACUGGUUUUUCCUGAUGCCCACAUCCCUAGUUCCCCUUAAGCAAAUGAGAGGUUGUGGGUGUCCCCCUCUCCGAUAUUUGCUUUGUUUUUACCUUGUGGGGCUCCCUGGGGGGGGUGUAAAAUAUGAAUUGUAAACACUUAAUAUUAUUGUUUUCCCAAGUGCUCACAUCCCCAGUGCCCCAUAAGCAAAUGAUAUGUGGGGAGGGGGACUGUUUAUCCCCCUCCCUCACCUAUUUGCUUUUGUUUUUUAAUCAUGUAUCUUGCUUGCCACCCUGGGCUCCUUGGGGAGGAGUAAAAAUUAAAUGAUAUUCAUACUGUGUUGUUAUUCCGGACCUUCACAUCCAUAGUGACCCCUGAAGUAAAUAAGAUGAUGGGUUGGGGGUCAUUGAAAGGGGGGUUGAGGGUGGAAUGAAGUGGGUGAGAUUAUGGGAUUUACUGGCGGGAUGUGGGAAGAACUAGGCUUCUAAACGUGGUACAGCAUUAGAUGAUGGUAACGUAAAUGAGAUGGAGUUUGCUGGGAAGGGGGCGAUGAUAAUAAUGAUGACAGGGUUUGGAUUUUGGUGAGGAUGGAGAAGAUGGUGAUGGGAUUUUUGGGGGGUGCAGGAGGGAGUCUCCUUUUUAUAGAAAACCAGAUGACCCGAAAGUAAAUGAGGCAGGUUUGGGGUUGCUGCAGGGGGCAGGAUGGGAUUCAGGAAUGGAAUCUUAGAGUAGAAUGAAGGUGAUGGACUUUUGAGGGGGGUCCUAAAUGUGGGGUUGGAUUAUGGCAAAUGAGAUGAGAGAGUAUUGGGGUUUCGGGUAGGAUAAUGGGAACAAGAGAAGGAAUAAAAAAAGACGGAGAGUUAUGGGUUUGGUUUGGGGAGGAAAGUUAGGAUGUUGGGCUUUGGUUUCCUGCAAGGGGGAGCCGGAAGUAGACAUCUAAAUAGGUGAUUGGAUGAUUCAGAAGUAAAUAUGUGAUUGGGGUUCUUUCAGGGCAGCAGGGAUUGAGUGGAAUCGAAGGAAAGAAGGUGGGGUUAAGGAUUGAUAACAGUGAAAUAAUAAUUUAUUAAUUUAUUUAUACCCCACCCUCCCCAGCCAAGACCGGGCUCAGGGCAGCUAACACCAAGUAUAAAAACAAUUGAUUAAAAUACAACUUAAAAACAAGAUUAAAAUACAACAUUAAGAUGCAGCCUCAUUUCAGUAGAAGCUCAAAUCAAAAACUUUUUGGGGAUAAAAACGUCAAAUCUUCACCAAGGCCAACUAUCCAGACUGGUCUUACGUGGGCCAAAAAAAAAGCCAGGGAAGUCCCCAGAUAGGAGUUCCAUCACAGAAGGAGAAAAGGAAAACGAGGGGGGGGAGAGGAGGGGAUCAAGCUGAUUCCAAGCCAAAGGCCAGGCAGAACAACUCUGUCUUACAGGCCCUGCGAAAAGAAAUCAGAUCCUGCAGGGCCCUGGUCUCAUGAGACAGAGUGUUCCACCAGGCCGGAGCCAGUGUUGAAAAGGCCCUGGCUCUGGUUGAGGCUAAUCUGACUUCCUUAGGGCCCAGGACCUCUAGGGUGUUGCUAUUUAUGGACCUUAAGGUCCUCCGCGGGGCAUACCGGGAGAGGAGGUCCCGUAGGUACGAGGGUCCUAGGCUGUGAAGGGCUUUAAAGGUCAAAACCAGCAAAUUGAAUAAGAAAGGAUUUUGGUUUCUGUAGGGAGAGAAGAUGGGAUUGAGGGGUGGAAUUAAAAGGAGGGAGAAGGAGGUGGUGUUGGGGUUUGUCAGUUGUGGGGCGGGGGGCUCCUACAGAUGGGAUCAGAUGAUGGUGAUCCUAUGCUGCUUGUCAUCCAAGGAUCACAAGGCGACUUACAAUAUAAAAAUACAAAAGUUCACACCACAGUAACAAACGAAAACAAUACCCGCAAUACAGUCAUGUGAAGGAUGGGAGAGAACUGGGGAGGGGAUUCAGGGUCGAAUGACAAGAUAGAAAGGGAAAAUAGGCAGGUUGGGUGGGAGAGAAGUAGGUUGAAUGAUGGUGAAGUCAAUGAGAUGAUAAGGAAUUGGGUAGAAUUAAAGGGAGCAAGGUGCUGGUGAUGGGACUGGCUGGGGUGGAGAAGGCUCCAUUUAAAAGACAGAUUAGAUGACCCAUAGGUAAAUGAGAUGAGGGGCGCUGGGGUUGCUGUGGGGUAGAUGAUGAGAGAAUGAGAUCAUACAGUGAGUGGAAUCACAAGGAAGGAGAAAGUAACGAGGGGGUUUGCUAUGGGAAGAAGGCGUUUGAAGUUGGGAUUGGAUGAUACUGUACUGAAAUGAAAGGGGGAUUGGGGUUGCUCGGGGGGGGGAGGGAGGAAGAAAAAAGAAGUUGGGAGGGGGGAAAGGGAGGAGGGGAUUAAGGGGUGGUUUCAAAGGAAAGAAGACAGUGGUGGACAUGGGGGGAUGUGUUUGUGGCAGGGGUGAGAAGAGAGAAAUAGGGAGUGGGAGAAGUGGGGUGGCAAGUAGGAAUGGGCUGUGAGGAAGGAAGGCCAGAUGAUGGGAGGAGGAAGAAAAAUGGCAUGUUAAAAUGGAAAAAACAAGGUGCUGUGGGGGUAAAGGUAAAGGGACCCCUGGCCAUUAGGUCCAGUCGUGACCGACUCUGGGGUUGUGGCGCUCAUCUCGCUUUACUGGCCAAGGGAGCCGGCGUACAGCUUCCGGGUCAUGUGGCCAGCAUGACUAAGCCGCUUCUGGCGAACCAGAGCAGCGCACGGAAACGCCGUUUACCUUCCCUCUGGAGUGGUACCUAUUUAUCUACUUGCACUUUCAACGUGCUUUUGAACUGCUAGGUUGGCAGGAGCAGGGACCGAGCAACGGGAGCUUACCCCGUCGUUGCGGGGAUUCGAACCACCGCCCUUCUGAUCGGGAAGUCCUAGGCUCUGUGGUUUAACCCACAGCGCCAACCACGUCCCUUUGCUAUGGGGGUAGGAAGUGGUUAAUUGUCCUGAGUAAGAGUGGUGAAAUUUAGGGAUGCAGUGGAAGGUGUACAUCAUGAAGACAGAAUGAAUACUGCCUUUCUUGAAUGCAGGGCAGACUUGGCGUUGCUGAACUUCCUUGCAGAGAAUCCUACAAAAUAUGCAAGUAAUAUAAAAUAAGACAUUUGCUGUUUCUGAAAUGCACACAAUCUUUUCUUCCUAACAGACCAUUGAGGAAGAAGGGGGAAAUCCUGAUGAAAUUCCUGUGGUGGCCGAGAGCCCUGGCAAGAGAACUCCCAAAAGAACAGUGAAAGGUAUGGAAUGGCAUGGAUGUGCUUGCACUCUUGGCCAACUUGCAGAUUGAAUUUGCUUUUUUAUCUUGUGAACAGCUGUUCUCUUUCUAGACCAGCUCGUUAGCGUGUGCAGAUUUUGUGCUAGUUUGGAUUUUCUGGGUCAGCUAUACAAAUAUUUUAUUUAGUUAUUUGCAAAAUGUGUAGCAUGUAUAAGUUUGGGCACCUAGAUUUAAAUGUCUUCCACUUCCCCCACCUUAUAUCUUUCUCCGUUUAUGAGGUGUCUAUUAGAUUGUAAGACUUGAGGGCAGGGCCUGUGUCUGUGUGUCUGUGUGUCUGUGUGUGUCUGUGUCAUUCAUAUAUGUGUAUGUAUGUAUGUGUAUAAAUAAAACUUUGCACAGUGCCUGGAAAACACCUGAUGAGCCUCCAAUCUGUUUGCUGGUUUUUAGGGCGUAAGCCAGAGGAAGAAGGUGGAGAAGAUAACGGGUUGGAGGAAAACUCCAGAGAUGAACAGGUAAGGGGAAGGAGAAAAGUGACUUAGUGUUCCUUACAAGCUCUGUUUUCAAGCUACAGGCAUUGCAGUUUCCUUUUUUAUUUACCCCACCCCACCCCAUCCCCUUUACAGGAGGAUAUUGAAGCAAGUUCAGAUAACAUCCAGGAUAUGGAUGUGAUGGAUAUUAGCAUUUUAGACGAAGCCGAAAUAGAUAACACCAGUGCUGUUGAUUGUGGAGAUGACUACAGCUCUGAGAACCUUCUCGACUCUGACAAAGAUAACAUUGAUGCGGAAAUGAAAGAACUUCCUGAACAGCUAAUGGAAAGCGAGGUCAGUAAUUGGUUGGUGGCAUCUCCUCUUGUGGUGCAAACCCAAGAUUUGUGCUGGUUUAGUGUAUGGAAAAUUCAGCCCUGCACACCCCAGUCUAAUCACUAUUCUUCCCUUGGAGUGUUUUUUGUUUUGUUUUGUGGUUCAAACAACACAAGCCCUCUUAACCUUCACAGGUAGUCUCUCUUCCUCACUUUGUGUCCUUUUGUGUCAACAUUGUGUUGCCCACACCUUCACUUCAGAAAUUGGAAUGUUUGCAAACAUUUUGUGGUUCGGUACAGAAAGGAAGGCUGGCUGGUAACAGUUAACUCUUUUUGUGACUUCUUAUAUCAUCGCUUCAAGCACUGGUAGUUCUAAGCAUUUUUAGUCUGUAAGGAAUACCUUUUUUUCUUCUCUUAGGAGAAUGGUGAAGAACUUGAUGAUCUGCUUGACGCUACUUCACCUGGUUUAACUGCAGUGAAGGUAAUGUACCUGUCUCUUGAUCAACACCUGUCAGCUUGAUCAUAUUCUGGAGCCCUGAGCUAGCAAAUUACUUUGCUUUAGUUCUUGUAAUAGAGACUGCGUUUUGAUGUUGGCUUCACCUAAUAUUUAGCUUCCAUGCAAGCUGAAUCAAAAGGUUUCUGAGCUCCUCAUUUCCUAGUGUGAAUGGUAACCUCAGUGCAUAAACAGCUGGGACUGAUUUAAAUCAAGGCAAUGUGUUGUACCCAGCAUUUGUCAAUUCAGAAUAGACCUGUUGAAAUUAAGGCACAUGACUAGCAGCCGUGACCAUUUGUGACAAUAGCUAUGAGAGUAUAGGAACUUUCAAACUUGGCAAGUUGGCCUGUGCUUCUUUUUUCAUUGUUGUUCCUUUCUGCUUCCCUAUCUUGACCCAACAGACAAUAAUGAAAUGUUUGUGACUGAUAGUUUGAAGCAAGAUCUGAUAGUGACUACAUAAACUAGAGCAGACUAUUUUCACAAGGUGAAAAUUGCAUGUGCCUAACAGGUAAAAUUGUAAACAUUCAUAUUUUAAAAGCUAUCAGAUUGGCUUUUCCUUGAUAUAGAAAGUAUCUUAUCUCCAUUAAUCUGGCUGGGGUACCGAUUCAGGUUAGAGAUUAUCUGCAGAGCUAAAAUAUACAAGCUAUCCUCAUUUUAUGUGGGGUUUACGUUCUGGACCCCCACGCGUUGGCAAGGCCCAUGUAAAGCAUUUCGGCACUGCACAAUUGUGCAUCAAUCAGACAUGCAUAAAUCGGUCGUUGCCUAUAUUCAACAUUAUUUACUAUUAACCAAAUUAUUAUUCGAGAGAAACUUGUUAUCUGGUGUAAGCCAUGCUUGAAGUUGGCCAGAUAGAAUUAAUGGAUGUGACUAACUCGAAUCUAUGCUGAAUAGAACCUAGUUGGACUGAGCCCUCUAUAUUUUUUAUUGAGUUUUUAUUUUCUGUCCUGUUUAAAGCUGGAAGCUGAUGGCCAAGAAGGAUAAUUUUACUUGCCACAGCAAAGAUCACAUACUUUUAUUUUUUCCUGUCUAUGCUAAUUGUAGAGAGGAACACAAAAAGUAGUAGGACCUCAGAGCCAUUGCUGCUUAACUACUGGAAAUCUUAUUCAGAGAUUUUUAACAGAAGUUUCCCCACACAAUUCAUGUAAGUUAUAGUAUAUUCAUAUCCAUAAGGCCUAGAAACAUCCACACAGCUUUUAAGUAAUAGUCCCGCUUCAUUCUACCUUGGUCAGCCCACACCUGGAAUCCUGUGUCCAGUUCUGAGCACCACAAUUUAAGGAUAUCCACAAGCUAGAACAUGUGCAGAGGAGGGUGACCAAGAUGAGGAACAGAACAGUUCAGGGAGUUGGGUAUAUUUAGCCUUAAGAGGAGACUGAUGGCCAUUGUCAAAUACCUAAAGGGCUGUCACGUGGAAGAUGGGUGGGACCCAAACUAAGUUACAAAAAAGAAGAUUCCGACUAAAUAUCAGGAAGAACUUUGUGGCAGUAAGAGCUGUUAGACAGUGGAACAGACUCCCAGAAGAGGUGGGGGCUUCUCCUUCCUUGGAGGUUUUUAAGCAGAGGUUGGAUGGCCAUCUGCCAUGGAUCCUUUAGUUGGGAUUCCUGCGUUGCAGGGGGUUGGACUAAAUGACCCUCGGGUCCCUUCCAACUCUGUACAGUGGUGGUGGUGUUUAGUCGUUUAGUCAUGUCCGACUCUUCGUGACCCCAUUGACCAGAGCACGCCGGGCACUCCUGUCUAGGGUUAGGUACUAUACAGUGGUACCUCGGGUUAAGUACUUAAUUCGUUCCAGAGGUCCGUUCUUAACCUGAAACUGUUCUUAACCUGAAACGUCACUUUAUCUAAUGGGGCCUCCUGCUGCCACCACGCCACCGGAGCACAAUUUCUGUUCUCAUCCUGAAGCAAAGAUCUUAACCCGAGGUACUAUUUCUGGGUUAGCGGAGUCUGUAACCUGAAGCGUAUGUAACCUGAAGCAUAUGUAACCCAAGGUACCACUGUACUGUAAUUCUAUGAUUCUGAGCAAUUAUAACCAGCUUCACAGAAAUCGUAGGCUCUUUGGAAACUAUAAAUUUAUUUCACAGCUGUAAUAAAUUACUGCAUUGAAUUUGCUUCCUGUAUUGGGGACAAUAGUUAUGGGCCUAAAUCCUGUCCACAAUCUUUGACACACACUCUAGUUUCCAUCUCCUAAGCCUGAAAUAAUUACACAUUAUACCCUUAUUUGCCUCUCCCUCUCCUCCCUCUGUUACUUUUCUAGAGCUAAAACUUAGGUUGGAAGCUUCUUGGGCCUGGGGCCAGUCAUGUUUAUACUCUAUAAAGUAAGGUGUCUAACUUUGUGGCUGUUUUCAUGACACUGAAAAAUGUAAUGUGGGAAACUGGGGAAACCUUUAAAGACUCAUGUAACCUUUGUGCUGGGCUUCUUCCUUUCUUGCAACAAAUAAACCAGGGGUCAGCAAACUUUUUCAGUAGGGGGGCAGUCCACUGUCCCUCAAACCUUGUGGGGGGGGGGCCCAGACUAUAUUGGGGGGGGGGAUGAAGGAAUUUCUAUGCCCCACAAAUAACCCAGAGAUGCAUUUUAAAUAAAAGGACACAUUCUACUCAUGUAAAAACACGCUGAUUCCCAGACUGUCUGCAGAUUGGGCCAGAUCCGGCCCCCGGGCCUUAGUUUACCUACCUAUGAAAUAAACUAUCAGGCCUACUGGCUGCUGAUUUGCUUCUUUGCUUGGCUGAAGUCUCUUUGUUUUGUGACCGAUCAAAGAUCUGCGGGGCUAGACCGUAGCGAAGGUGGGAAACGCUUUAAGUAGCAGACCCCAAUAUUUGUCCUUUUCAGCCAUCAUUCCUCUGCUGCCUGGGGCUGUUGGUACAGUCAUACCGUUUGACUUCCAAAACGUUCAGAAACCAAAGCACAGCUUCUGAUUGGCUGCAGGAAGCUCCUGCAGCCAAUCGGAAGCCCAUCGGAUGUUUGAUUACAAAGAACGGCCGCAAACCGGAACACUCACUUCCAGGUUUGCGGCGUUCAGGAGCCAAAACAUCUGAGUACCAAGGCGUUUGUGAUCUAAGGCACGACUGUAGUUGGAAGUUCAACAGCAUCUGGAGGGCUACAAGUUCCCUGCAAUAGGGUAUCGCCUUGCUUGGAUUCAACAGUCUAUGCUGCAGAACUACAUAUUAAUGCAUAUUGUUGCACUUUAAUGCAACACAGGAAGCCCUCAACUUACAGGGGGUUUACAUUUUGGGGAUUGGCCUUGAAGCAAGAAUUUUUAAUAGUGAAAACACAUUAGGUGCCAUGGCAGGUGGGAUUGCUGAAGUCUUCCCCCCCCCCAAUCAUUUUUAUUUUAAUAUUAUUUUUUUGGCCAAGUGCAUAAUACUGAGUGUGCACAAGUUAAAUGUGCAUAGGUUGCGGGCUUACUGUAUGACCUACUUCAGGCCUUUUUUUGCGCCAUUUAACACCACACCCUUUUCUUCUUUCAGGACUUGGGAGAGCAACAUUCAGAGCCAGGUACCUUUCGAUUAAUUUCUUCUUGCUGGUUUUUAAAAUGAGGUGGAGAAAAGGCCCAGGACUUUAACUAACUAGACUUCUUACAUUACCGAGUAGUCAACAAUCGACGUCAUUCCAAAGUUCAUAAAGAUUUUAAAUCUACGGUAACCCUUAUUGUUAGCUCUGAGAAGUAACGCCUUUCGUUUCGCAGUUGCUUCCUCUAGACCUGAAAUGUUCUUUUUUUUAAAGAGAAAAAUAAUAAUUUCUAUUUAGCUUCACAAAUGCACUAGAAGAAAUGUUAGCAUCACGUAUGAAAGCAAAAGAUUUCUACCUGUAGCACAGAUUGUAAUAUAUGAUUGUGUGAUCAGGGAGAAUAGUGAAGGCAGUUUAAAAGUUAUCAUAGGGGAAAUACAGUGUUUUUAAGUGAGUUACGGCGUAACAGAAGAAGGAAGACAAGAGGUUCUACAUGGAAAUUCCAUAAUACUGUUUCCUUUCUUGGACUUUCACAUGUUCACGCCAUCAGAAGAUGUUCCAGUUGACAUGUUGGACCGCCCUGCCUUAAACAAAAAGAGAGAAAGCAAUUCAGAAUUUGAAAUGGAAUUUUGUGUUCUUUGAUUCAUUUCUAUUUAAGCCUCUUGGAAUUUGGGAAGAACAAACCUCUUGAAGACAUGUCAAGAACGAGCCAGAAGGUUUUCAUUAAACUAAUAGGGUCAUUUUCUUCUUCAUAACUUAUGAUCUUGCUAUAAUAAACCAUGUCUAGUUAGUGUUAGGCAUUUGAAUGUGGUAUACCCAAGGGGUUUUCCAAUCUCUGUGUAGCCUUAGCCGUUCUCUCAGUGUUAAGUCUGGCAGCCAUGCCCGUUCCGCAUUUGUCUUUGCUGUGUUUCCCUGGUGAUUAAACCUUGUGCCAUUCUAUUCCUGUUAAAUCCAUAGAAAAUGAGAAAAUGCUCGACAUUUUGGGUGACACUUGUAAAUCUGAGCCCCUUAAAGAAGAAGCUCCUGAAGCAGAGCAGGCACAGGAAGAGAAUAUCUCGUUGCCGGUCAAACAGGAAGCCCAGGAAGAGGAAGACACACUUGCCACUGCCGUCGCUCAGUCGGACGAAGAGCUUUUAGAUACGGACAGCCAGUCCAGGCCAGGCUGCGGCCAAGAGCGAGGAGGAUGA